CCUGUUUUUCCAAAAAGGACGAAAAGGAAAAAGGAUGUAAACCUGGUCUUCUUCGAGUCAUUUAUGUCUCUGGUGUGCAAUUAUUGUUUUACCUGUUAAAUGUACAGGUAUCUGUUGUUGUUUCCUUGCAAACUUUAACUCGUGACUCUGGAAUCCCUUUCAUGGUUCCAAACACGCUUCUCAGCAUUCCACGGUGAGGAUGGUUUCCUCCAAAAUGUUACGCCAUCCCCUGGUGCGGGGAAUGGUGACCUACACGUUUCUCUGGCCUACGGCGAAUCUCGUCCAGCAAAGUUUAGAGGGGAAACGUUUCGAUUCCUUCGAUUACGUUCAGUGCGCCCGGUAUGGUGUAUACGGGGCGCUUUACGUAGCCCCAACACUCUACGGGUGGGUGCGGUUGUCCUCGAUGAUGUGGCCUCGAAUGGAUUGGCGGACAGCAAUCGGGAAAGCCUUGGUGGAACAGGCCACUUACGGACCGUUCGCGGGAGUGAGCUUCCUUUUCGUGAUGACGCUGCUGGAAGGACGCUCGGCAAGCGAGGCAGCGCGAGAGGUGCAGUUAAAGUUUCCCCAAACCUACGCCGUUGGGCUAACGGUAUGGCCGUUUGUUCAAACAAUCAACUUUGCCCUCGUACCCGAACGGCACCGUGUGCCGUUUGUGGCGGCCUGCAGCUUCCUGUGGACGGUAUUUCUAGCCUCGGUGAAGCGACAAGAUUCCGAAUCGACAAUUCCAGCAACCAAAUAGUAUGACCUGGCAUUGUGAACCACCCGUAGGUAAUGGACAUAGUCCCAAACUCAAAUCGAUGGAUUACAUUGCAUCGCUUAGCAUGGGAAAUAUUAUUUCUGCCGACAGUUUAACACGUGAAGACAAUUAGGACAAUUUUUGUACAAACAAAUCCCUUAUAUUAUUGAUUUUGUAAAUAACAUCAAUCUAGCCAAAAUACUACGACAAACGAAAAUAUCUGGUCUAGUAAAUCCAUUGGAACGAUGCGAAGCUGUUAGUCCAGAAGGAUGAGCAGUAGAAUCGGUCCAAGAGCCAGAUUAUACGAUUGUCUGAGGAAAUCUGAGGGUGUAACCCCAAUCUUCAGUGAUAUCGAAUACCACUGAUAUUCGUUCAACGAAAAGCCGCUUGUUAUUUGUGUAUGGAUGCGUAUGGAUGUUGAUAUCGUAAAAUAGACAUUGUUUUUUUUU